UGCUGCGUAUGGGACAGGACAGGCUCCCCUCCCAAGUGCUCCAGGCUGGAGUAGUUAGUUAGGAAAGAGCAGGCAGUGCGUGGGGCUGAGAACCCUUAUCUUUCUACACCAUAGGACUUUUGCACAUCUCCUUCUGCAUGGUGGAUAUUAUUUUUCCUUAUCCUUUCCUGGGUGCUAUGGGGGAUCAUUCCAAAAUGUCCUUUGCUCAUUUCCACUGGUAGAAAAACCUGGGAUUGCCAUGUGUGUGGGCUGCGGGAGCGAAAUCCACGACCAGUACAUCCUGAAGGUUUCCCCGGACCUGGAGUGGCACGCGGCGUGUCUGAAAUGUGCGGAUUGUAGCCAAUAUUUGGACGAGACCUGCACUUGCUUUGUGAGAGAUGGCAAAACGUAUUGUAAAAGGGAUUAUAUCAGGCUCUUCGGCAUCAAGUGCGCCAAGUGCGCGGCCGGCUUCAGCAGCAGCGACCUGGUGAUGCGGGCCCGGGACAACGUCUACCACCUGGAGUGCUUCCGCUGCUCGGUGUGCAGCCGGCAGCUCCUGCCGGGCGACGAGUUCUCGCUGCGGGACCACGAACUGCUCUGCCGCGCCGAUCACAGCCUCCUGCUGGACAGGGCGGGCUCGGCCGACAGUCCCCCGCGCAGCCCGGGACACCUCCAGAGCUCCCGGCAGGGCCUCCAGCUGACAGAUUCGGUGCCCGGGCGGCAGUCCUCGCUGCGUCCCCACGUGCACAAGCAGGCGGAGAAGACGACGCGGGUGCGGACGGUGCUGAACGAGAAGCAACUGCACACGCUGCGCACCUGCUACGCGGCCAACCCGCGGCCGGACGCGCUCAUGAAGGAGCAGCUGGUGGAGAUGACCGGCCUGAGCCCCCGCGUCAUCCGCGUCUGGUUCCAGAACAAGCGCUGCAAGGACAAGAAAAAGUCCAUCCUGAUGAAGCAGCUCCAGCAGCAGCAGCACAGCGACAAGGCCAGCCUGCAGGGCCUGACCGGGACCCCACUGGUAGCUGGCAGUCCCAUCCGCCAUGACAGUGCCGUGCAGGGCAACGCAGUGGAGGUGCAGACGUACCAGCCCCCUUGGAAAGCUCUCAGCGACUUCGCCUUGCAGAGUGACUUGGACCAACCUGCCUUUCAGCAACUGGUGUCCUUUUCAGAAUCCGGCUCCUUGGGCAAUUCCUCUGGGAGUGACGUGACCUCCUUGUCAUCCCAGCUUCCAGACACCCCCAACAGCAUGGUUCCUAGUCCGGUGGAGACGUGAGAAGAGCUCCCAUUACUGCCCAGCCCCAUGGACUUUCGCAUGCUCCGGCUCCCUGCAUGAGAUCCUGAUCUCUGAGAAAACACAACUCUUUAAAUUAUUGUCUUUAUUUAAAACCCAGCUCCCUGUUCUUCCCUAAUCCACCCUGGCUGUAAUCGCUUCAGGCUCUACCGUCUUCCCCAGACCACAGCGGAAAAAACAGUGCAAGGCUUCUGAGGGGUUCUGUUUUUCUCCAUGCAAAUGUCCUGGAUUUUACUAGAAUUAUACCUAAAACUUGUAAUGGUAGGUUUAGCAUACAUUUUCCUCUCUUGUUUGAAAGAAUCCAACCUGAUUCACCCAGAAAUGCUGGUGCUUCCCUGACAUGGGCGAGUUGGAGGCUGCGUCAUCAUCUCAGGCCCAUUGCUGUGUUGUGCUCAUUGAGACCAACUCCAUGUUCUCAUCACCAACCAUCAGGUGGCUUCAUCCCACAUUUGCCACGUCUGGAAAAAAUCUCAAACUUUUUUUAAUUUGGUGGGACAGGGAGGGGAAUUUGUCUUCUCUUGCUGAGCCUGCAUGGAAAUCUGGAGGACUAAGUAUUUUUUUUUUUAAUUUCUCUUGCCAAUGUUAAAUUAUCUUAUGGAUGGAGGUGAGGUUGUUAGAGCCUUUGCAGACCAAAGUAAGUUAUUGUUAUUUAUUGUCACGGCAGCAGGUCAUGGUGGGAUUGAUAUUUUGACCUUAAUAAUAAAAGAACAGAUACUGGA